AUGAGAAAAGCUCAAGAAGAAGUUCGAAAGGUGAUAGGAGAUAAAGGUUUUGUGUACGAAGAUGAUGUUAAACAAUUGCCUUACCUUAAAGCUGUGGUUAAAGAGACCAUGAGAUUGCAACCAACAGCACCACUACUAAUCCCAAGAGAAACAACCAAGGAGUGUUACAUAGGUGGGUACGAAAUACCAGCCAAGACCGUAGUUUACGUGAAUGCGUGGGCUAUUGGAAGGGACACAGAAGUUUGGGAGAACCCAUAUGUGUUCAUUCCUGAUAGGUUCCUGGGCAGUUCUAUUGAUUUGAAAGGAAAUGAUUUUGAGCUUAUACCAUUUGGUGCUGGUCGAAGAAUUUGUCCUGGUAUUUUUAUGGGAAUUGCCACCGUGGAGCUCUCACUUUCUAAUCUUCUCUACAAAUUCGAUUGGGAAAUGCCUGGGGGAAUGAAGAGGGAAGACAUAGACGUUGAUCGCUUGGUACCAGGUCUUGUCAUGCGUAUGAGGGACGCUCUCUGCCUCGUGCCUAAGGCCUAUGCUGUGAUGGGCAAAGAUGCGUAA